AUGAAUAGGGUUUUUGGUUAUGGGAAUAAGAAAACUCACGAUCAGCUGCUACAAGAGUCCGGUAGGGCAAUGGAUCAGGCCCAACAGGGUCUACAGGAAAGGGUUUCACAGUUGGAUACACAAAUUUCUCAACUAAAUUUCCAAUUACAGAGCCUACAAAAGAAGAUAAGUUCUGCAAGGUCAUCUGCUGGCCAGAGACCUUUGAGACAGCAAGCCCUUAAGCUACUAAAUAAAAGAAAGAAGUUGGAGCAGAUGCGUGAUUCACUAGAUUCACAGUCAUGGUCAAUGUCGCAAGCUCAAAUGACCAGUGACAAUUUGAAAAAUACAAUGAUCACUGUCAAUGCAUUGAAGCAGACCAACAAGGCUUUGAAAUCACAAUAUGGUAAAAUAAAUAUCGACAAGCUACAAGAUAUGCAAGACGAAAUGAUGGAUUUAAUCGAACAAGGAGAUGAAUUACAGGAAAUAUUAUCAGCAAACACUUUAAAUGGGGAUAUUGAAGAUAUAGACGAAAGUGAGCUAGAUGCGGAACUAGACGCGCUGGGUGAAGAGGAUCUAACCGUUCCGGGAAUUGAAGAAUCUGGAAUAGAUAUGCCAUCUUAUUUAUCGGGCGCUGUUCCUCAGUUUAUUGACGAAGAGCCACAAGAAGAAACCACCAACAAAGCGCUGGAAAACGCUCAAUAG